GUUGGGGGCUACUUGAUCAGCUAUAUAUUGUGGGCCGGACGAUGGGGAAGCAGCAGGAAGCAACAGCUCAGUUCCUCGGCAACAUGAAGUUCCUGGUGAUCUUGGCAGUUGUCGUGAGCUGCAAAGCUCAGCUCAUCCUUCCCCUCAUAGGGCCGAUGCAGCAGCGCCUAGAGACCCCUACAGGGCCCAAGGCAUUCAUGUUCACUGACUGGAACCAGAAUCGUCAGGAGAUGUGGAUGGGUGAUGGCAACGUAGUCGGACAGUAUUCCUAUAUCGAUGCCAAUGGAAAGCCCGUGGUGACUUACUACUCUGCUGGCAGGCAUGGCUUUAAGGUUAGCAGCAACAAUCUCCCAGAAGCACCUGCGGCACCGGCUCUGAGCCCCAACUUCAAGGCUCCUGAGCCCGUGCAAGACACUCCUGAGGUGGCACAAGCCAAACAAGCGAUGGCAGACUUGCACAAGACAGCCUCCAGCCGCACUAAGCGCCAGGCAAUGGUCCAUCCCGGGAUGUAUUCAUUUAACACCCAUGCCAUCCCUUACGCUUCCUACAACCCAUUCUACAGCUCAUUCAUGAACCCCAUGUCCAUCAUGCCAGCCACCUCCUGGAUCACGAAUCAACCAGCCAUCGAAGCUAUGAAGAAAUCCCGCAAACGACGUGAAGCCGACCCCUGGAUGCCCACCAUGUACUCCAUGACUCCCGCCGUGGUGCGCACCAAGCAGCUUACGCCCGUGGAGGGAAACACACCUGCCGACACUACCAAACUCAAGAUGACCUCCGUCGAGCACCAGGUGCCCAUGGUCGCUACGCCUGCCAUGGGCUGGCCGAGCGCCAGACCCAUCACUUACAGCCUCAUGAAUCCAGCCAUCCUGCCCAUCAGGAUCUAAGACCUGGAAUCCCUUACAUGUUUCAGGCACUGGACGGUUCCGAAAAAAAAAAAAAUAAAUCUUUUCUUUCUCUUUCUCUUUCUUACUAGCAAAACAAUUUUCAGCCACUUGUUCGAGGCGUUUCCGCUAGGCCUCCUGGAGCAUUCCGGCGGGCUUUGCUGCUACGUUUUUUUAAACAUUACUUCUGCAUUAGAAAAGACAAUAAAAAUGACUACAUUAA